UCGCCUCGUGAUAACAGGAAGUAGGAAUGGAGGCAGUGUGAGGAUGCUGCCUGUGUCUUGACACUUUUCAACUUCAUUUCUCAUUUGCAGAAAGCAGCAGACAACAAUGACUUCUAUUAUAAAAGAGACGCAAAGCAUAAAAGAAGCGGUGACUUUCAUCAACACGAUUGAUGUGAACAAGUUCUCCAGGCUCAUCUCUCGCAUCAUACAAAAGCUUCAUCUGAAGGGAGAGCGGACAUUCAGUGAAGAAGAGGAGCAAAAACUUCAAGCUGCUCUCUCAUUGGAUAAACAGGCUCUCAAUCUAGUCCUGGAAACAGCUGCCUUCAUACUAGAGCAGGCAGUGUAUCAUAAUGUAAAGCCAGCGUCUCUGCAGCAGCAGCUGGAGGCAGUUCAUCUAAACCCAGACAAGGCUGAGGUUUUCUCACAGACCUGGGCCACCACUGGACCGGAGCUGGUGGAGAAGCUAAAGCACAAUAUUUUUGCCCCAAAGACGCUGGAGUAUGUUGGUUGGCAGUUGAACCUGCAGAUGGCCCAGUCCAGUCAAGCCAAGCUGAAAUCUCCCAGUGCUGUCCUUCAACUGGGGCUCCGCAGUGAAGACUCUGAGGUUCAGGAAAAUGUCUUCGUUGAGUUUAACCACCAGGAGCUGCUUGAGUUCUACAAUAAGCUUGAAAUCGUACAAGGCCAGUUGGAUUCCUUGACUUGAAGCCUGGUGCUCUUUGUACAACCACACAAACACACAGAUGCACACACAGACACACACACGCAUUGUUAGUGUUUUUGCUGACAGCUGUGCCAGCUGUUAGAGGCCUAGCAAUUUCAUUCUUGCUCUGAUUUAUUAGAGAAAAAUGUCAAAAUUUCUAGGCAGGACCUUCUUUCCCUUUUGAGCUCCAUUUAAUCCAGAUUUGUGCUCAGACUUGUGAGAGGUCGGUGUGAUAAAUCUCAUUGUGCUUUGGAUUUUUAUGUCUUAAUCAGAAAAAUGGUGGGAAAAGUACCUUUUUCAACAUGAAUAAAUUUCGUAGUAACAUUUUUCUAUAUCCUGCAGCACGUAACGUAAUGUUGGAUUUCUCUAUAAAUUAGUUAUAAGAUGUUUAAAUGUGCUAGUAGUUAGUGAUCUUAAAAAUCCAUGGGUACCCAGGGAAAAAGGAAGUAUAAAAAAAAAGUCAGAAUGUCAUUUUGACUUGAAACAAAUAAAUUUUGUAACUUGGAGAAUGAAUGCCAUUCUAAUAAAA